AUGGAGGAUCCUUCGUGCACUGGUGAGGUCAGUGAAUUUCUCUCCGAAAGUGCCUCACUGAAACAGCAGACUUCAGUUGCUGCCUCUGGUGCCUCUGCUCGCUCCUCCUCUCGACCCACUGGCCGCCGUCCAGUUCUGCUCGCCAGCGUG